AUGUCAGGGCCCCCUCAAGGGCCCGGGCCUGUGAGGCAAAUGAGCGUGGGAAAUGGACCGCCCAGCGCAGGUUUACCACCACAUAACGCCAUGCCUCCACAAGGGGGACCUCCGCCGCCAGGUGCCUCGGGGCCGCAAUCGCAGCAAAACUUGAAUCAGAUUGUACUGGAGUACCUCUCUAAAAAGGGAUAUGUCCGCACCGAGGCGAUGCUUCGAAAAGAGUCUGAACCGCAGACCAACGGCCAAUCCCUCGUAGCGCAAAGCACCGAAGCGGGCGGCGCGAGAUACACGAAAGCAUUCGAGCUCCUGCGCAAAUACACCGAAGACAACCUGGAUCUGUAUAGACCAGAGUUGCGAAAGCUGCUGUGGCCUGUUUUCGUCUACUCGUACCUCGACAUGGUGCGCGACUUCUACACCAAGGAUGCAGAAACCUUUUUCGCGACGUAUCAGGGUCUUUUCGAGCGCGACCAUGACGAAGAUAUCAAAACGCUUCGCCAGGUCCGGUUACAAGCACAUUUGCAGGAGAGCCGUAUCGCGAAGCUAUACAUCGACAACAAAUAUCGGAUCACGCUGACGACAAUGCCCUUCUUCAAUCUCAUUCAGUUCCUCGAGUCGAAGCAUUUUGACGGCGGUUCGACAAUCAUAGACGUAAUCCGGGAACACCUGAACAUCGUAACCGUCGACCGAACGGCAACAGCCGAGAAGAGUAUAGCAGCAAUCCUCGCAAGUGGACACGGCGAAGACGAGCUUCCAGCAGAAGACGAAGGUAUCCCAGGACACGCCCCAGGCCAUCCCCUCACUGCGCGCCACGACCCUGAGGCAGAGGCUGCCCGUAUAAGGCUGCAGCUAGGCGCAUACCCACAAGAGGCGGAUCUGCAGGAAGACGUCCGAGCAGCUUUACAGGACGAGGAUGCUAAAAGCGCGCCAAGACCGGGACAGCCAAGCUUGGUAGAGGAGUUCGAGCAACGCAUAAAACAGGAGCCAACAGAAGACGGUCCCUCACGUGAGUUCGUUCCUCUGCCGCCUUCCCUUGCGCGCGACGUCUCCAUGGAGGUUCAGAAGAUCAUCGAGCACCGAGAUCGCUACAAGAUGGAAGGCAGAACAGGCGGCGUUGGCCCAGCUGUCAGCGUCACCAUGUACACCUUCCAUAACACCUAUGACAGUAUCAACUGCAUCGACUUCUCUGGUGACAAUCAGCUUGUCGCGGCCGGUAUGAACGAGUCUUACAUACGCGUCUGGUCCAUGGACGGCAGUCCACUCACCUCUCCAAACGAUGCGCCAGACGCACAACCAUCGUCUUCAAGACGGCUUGUCGGCCACUCGGGUCCAGUCACUGCAGUGGCCUUCUCACCUUCCACAGCAAACCCGUACCCAUCCGGACCACCAACAAAUUCAGAAUGCCUUCUUUCAUGUUCAGAGGACAAAACAGUCCGACUUUGGUCGCUAGACACAUACACAUGUCUUGUAGCCUAUCGCGGACACGACAAUCCAGUCUGGGAUCUGCAAUGGGGACCUUAUGGACACUAUUUCCUUACUGGUUCAAAUGAUCGCACCGCACGCUUGUGGUCAACAGAUCACAUUGAACCUCUACGCAUCUAUGUCGGCCACGACAAUGACGUUGACUGCGUCACUUUCCAUCCCAACAACCUAUACAUCUUCACUGGUUCUUGCGACCGCACAGUACGCAUGUGGCACAUCGCCGGUGGUAACUGUCUACGCCUCUUCACGGGCCACACGGGCAAUGUGACCGCCAUAGCAUGUUCUCCCGACGGCAGGACGCUUGCCUCCGCCGACGAUGCAGGUAACAUUAUUCUCUGGACUCUUGAGACUGGACGAAGGCGGAAGCGCAUGCGAGGACACGGCAAGGGUGGUAUUUGGUCGCUAUCUUGGAGCGUGGAAUCGAGCGUCCUUGUCUCAGCCGGAGCGGACAAGACAGUCCGUGUUUGGGAUGUGCUACAAGAGACCAGUGACAAGGCCGCUGAUGGCGUGGCUGCGAAAGCGGACGGUGCUAUGACGACCAAGGGCGCGAGUGGAACCACAGUCACAGGGAAGAAAGCCAGCAAGGAGACCGGUGUCUCGGCGGACCAAAUCAGCGUAUUUCCGACCAAGGACAGUCCCGUGUACAAGGUGCAGUUCACUAGAAUGAACCUGGUACUUGCUGGUGGUGCGUAUUUGCCGACACGUCAGUAG